AUGCCUCCAAAUGACUCCUCUAUAGAAGAAGCUCAGGACCAUCAAGCUAAACGUGCUGGUAUUCUCCGCUUUAUUCUAGGAUCAAAAGUAGACCCAGUCCCAGACUCUCAAAGACCUUAUCCAGAGUUUCAAGUCUCAAUAUUUAAUCGGUUUACUUACACUUGGAUUACAUCUCUUUUAAGAACUGGAUAUCUUAGACCCCUCCAGGAAAACGACCUUUAUAACCCACAGGGAACCCCGCGUGCAGUCGAAGCCCAUCUUGAUCGUUUUGAAAAAUACCUUCAACACUACAAAUCUAAAAAUGCCCAUAAACUCCCACCAGAUGCUGACCCUCAUCAACUCCCUAAAUAUACCCUCAUCAAGGCCCUUAAUGCUACAUUCUUUGCUGAAUUCUGGGGGGCUGCUCUUGCUAAAAUCUUAGCAGACGUAGGAUCAACCCUAAUGCCUCUUCUCUCCAGACAUUUAAUUUCCUUCACAAUGUCCCGAACCCAUGAGUAUCGUAAACUCCACGGCGUUUCCCAACCAAUGCGUAAAGGUAUCGGCUUUGCUCUCGGAAUCUCCUUUUUACUAUUAAUUGUCAACUUUUUACAAAAUUUAUUCUUUUACGGUGCAACAAUGACUGGCGCUCAAGUCCGCUCUCUUCUAAUUGCAGUCAUUUAUAAAAAAAACUUACGUCUGGCCCCUAAGGCCCGCUCCCGUUUCCCCAAUGGCCUUGUCACAAAUAUGAUGAGUAUUGAUACCCAUCGAAUCGACUUUAACUGUAAUUGGUUCCACUUCUCUUGGACUUUCCCAGUCUCUGUCGGUAUCUCCAUUGCUAUUGUUGUCACAAACAUUGGUGCCUCAGGUAUGGUUGGUUUUGCCGUCUUCCUAGUCACAUUCUUCCUCAUUGUCUUUACAGGAAAACAUAUUGCUUCCCUUCGAAGUAAAACAACUAAAGUCACUGAUAAACGUGUCUCUGCAGUCCGUGAAAUUUUACAAGCAAUGAAAAUUAUCAAAUUUUACUCUUGGGAAGACGCUUACGAAGCCAAAAUUGAACAAGUCCGUGAUCGCGAAAUGACCCUCGUCCGUAAGAUGCUUGCAUGGAGAAACUUUAUCAAUUCAGUCAUCAUCUCAGUCCCAAUCUUUGCUGGCCUUUUUUCCUUCAUUGUGCUUUCUCGUACUGGUGGUUAUCUUAACCCCGCAACAGUCUUCUCAUCGCUUUCCAUCUUCAACAUUAUGCGACUCCCCCUUGUCAUUCUCCCACUCUCAAUCGUCACUACUAUUGAUGCUGUCCAAUCUCUCACCCGUAUCGAGGCCUUUUUAUCUGCACCAGAACUUGAAGAAUACCUCAUUACUGAUUCAAACGAAAAGGAUUCUGCUGCAAUUGAUAUCACUGAUGGAUCCUUCAUUUGGGAAACCCUCGAACCACUACCCAAACGACUCUCCAGAAAGGAAAAAAAGAAACUUGCAAAAUUGGCCAAAUUAGAAGAAAAACAAAAGGAAACUGAGUUUGUCAAUCAAUCAGACGAUAUUGAAACUCUUUCCCUUCACUCUCUUCCUAAAAACGUUGAUGAUGGUGAUGAUGACAACUCUUCUAAAACUGAUACUACACACAAAAUUUUUUCAGGUCUUCACAAUAUUAAUCUCCAAAUCCCUAAGGGCACCUUCCUCGUCAUCACAGGAACCAUCGGCACUGGUAAAUCAUCUUUGCUCUCUGCCAUGUCAGGCGUCAUGCAUCUUUCCUCUGGCUCUGUCCGUAUUUCUGGUUCCCUUGUUUCCGCUGGUCAACCAUGGGUCCAAAACUCUACAGUCCGUGACAAUAUUGUUUUUGGCCAUGAAUUCGACCCAGAAUGGUAUGCACAAGUCGUCACGGCUUGCGCCCUACAACGAGACUUCGACAUUUUGCCUGCUGGCGAUAACACCGAGGUAGGAGAACGUGGCAUUACACUAUCUGGUGGCCAAAAGGCUCGCCUUAAUUUGGCACGCGCGGUUUAUGCAAACUCAGAUAUUAUUCUACUUGAUGAUGUUCUCAGUGCUGUGGAUGCACAUGUCGGCAAAUACAUUAUGGAAAACUGUUUGCUUGGUCUCAUGGCAAACAAAACCCGUGUGCUGGCCACUCACCAAUUGGCUCUUAUUGAAAAGUAUGCCGACCAGGUGGUCUUUCUGGACGGUUCUGGUGGGCUUGUCAUUGGCACCGUCAAUCAUCUACGCAAAACAGUCCCUGCCUUUGAUGCUCUAAUGGCCUACAAUGAUAAUCAACACAAUCAGAUGGAAGAAAAGGAAGAAACCGACGAAGAUGAUAAUGAAGAAGAAGGAGGAGAAGUAGAAGGAGAUAAUGAUGAAACGAAUCAAAUUGCUCGCAGGGAAACUACCAAAUCAAUUAAAAAAUCUUCUGGUGUUUUAAUGCAAACUGAAGAACGUGAAACAAACGGCAUUUCAAUCGAUGUUUACCGCGACUUUGUCAAGUUCGGGUCUUUUGGAAUUGGUUGGUGGUUUGUCCCGCUAUUUGCUCUUCUUGUAGCCCUUGCCAACUAUGCCCAAGUCUUUAACUCUGUCUGGCUCUCAUUUUGGACUUCAGACAAAUUUUCACGCUCAGAGGGUUUCUACAUUGGCCUUUUCGUUCUCUUUGCCGUCUCCGCGGCCGUCCUUAUGUUCUUGUUCUUCUUCACCCUAACUGUCAUUGGAAACCGUACAGCCAAAGAGCUCAACAUGCGUGCUUUUCAUUCCAUGCUCCAUGCCCCCAUGAGUUUUUUUGACUCAACCCCGCUCGGCCGUAUCCUUAACCGCUUCACCCACGAUACAAACACAAUGGACAUGGAACUUUCAGAUCAAUCAAGAUUGUUUUUGACUUCAUUGACUUCCUGUAUUGCUACCCUCAUCAUGGUUGCUUGCUUCUUACCUUGGAUCCUCAUUGCUGUCGCCGGCUUGGGCUUUUUAUUUGCCAUGCUUGCAAGCUUCUACAGGGCCUCGGCCCGCGAUGUCAAACGUCUCGAUGCUGUUGUUCGGUCCCGCGUUUUUGCCCACUUUGGCGAGGCUCUCAACGGUGCGUCCACCAUUGUGGCCUACGGCGCACAAGACCGCUUCACCAAAACCCUCGAGGUCCACAUCAACUCCAUGAAUGCUGCAAACUUUGCUACUCUAGUCAACCAGCGCUGGCUUUCCACCCGUCUUGAUCUUGUUGGCUUUUCCAUGACCAUCAUCACGACUUUGCUCUGUGUCACUGGUGUUUUUGAUAUUUCUCCCUCUUCGGUCGGUUUGGUUGUUUCAGGAAUUUUACAAAUCAUGCCCAUUCUCUCGCUCAUUAUCCGUGAAAUGGCCACCACUGAAAACUCCAUGAACUCUGUCGAACGUAUCCACCAUUAUGCUUAUAACGUGGAACAAGAAGCAGGGUUCCAUUCUCCAGCAGAACGCAAACCAAGACCUGAAUGGCCGGAAAGUGGCCACCUGGUCUUUACAAAUGCAACUAUGGCGUACCGGCCAGAGUUGCCUCCAGCCCUCAAGGAGUUUACAGCAAAUGUGGCUGGUGCCGAGAAAAUUGGAAUUUGUGGACGUACAGGUGCAGGCAAAAGUACCAUCAUGACUGCGUUAUAUCGUCUUGUGGAACUUCAAAGUGGCAAAAUUGAGCUGGAUGGAGUCGACAUUUCAACCAUUGGGUUACAUGACUUGAGAUCCAAGUUGGCAAUUAUCCCUCAAGACCCUGUUUUGUUCCAAGGGACUGUGCGCUCCAACAUUGAUCCGUUUGGCGAGUACGACGAUACACAACUAUGGGACGCAUUAAGGCGGUCGUGGCUUGUGGAUGUAGGCGAAUUAAACAAGGUUCAGGAACUAGAAGCACGGGGGAUUAAUACAGGUGCAUUGCUAGCAGACGAAACUGCAGGCAUGCCCAAGUUCCAUUUGGACCGAACAGUAGAAGACGAUGGAAGCAAUUUCUCAUUGGGCGAGCGGCAGCUGCUGACGCUGGCGACGGCACUGGUACGCGGGGCCCGGGUAUUAAUUUUGGAUGAAGCCACAUCUAAUGUGGAUUUCCAAACAGAUUCAAAGAUUCAAGCCACAAUCCGUUCUGAGUUUAAACAUUGUACUAUAUUGUGCAUUGCACACCGACUUAAAACUAUUCUGAGUUAUGACCGGAUCCUAGUUAUGGACCGAGGACGUAUUGCAGAGUUUGAUAAGCCUGAGGUGUUGUAUGGACACACACAUGGUAUUUUCCGGUCCAUGUGUCAAAACUCGGGUAUUUCGCUGGAGGACAUAACAAAUGCAGAAAAGUAA